UUAACAUUCCACGCGCGACCUGGGCCGCGUCACUGGGAACUAGAGAUUGACACUUUGACAGACUACUAACAGUUGCAGCGUGAUCGAGUGUAGCCGACUUUUCAUACGCGUGGGUACACUUUUUUUUAAUUUUAUAGAGAAAAUCUCGAAUGCGUCUCACACGAUCUGCCCCGCAAUGUCAGGACUCGGCGUGCUUAUGCUCGUCGACAUAGGAAAGUGAGGUAAGGUGCAGUCCGAUCAGGUGAGAGAGAGAGAGAGAGAGAGAGAGAGAGAGAGAGAGUGAGAGAAAAAGAGCUUUGAUCAUCGGCAUGGGCGAGAAUUCGGAGCCCUUCGGGGACGAGACGGAUCUCGCCGUGGAGUAUGAUCGGGUUGACUCGCCCUCGAGACACGACCUUCGUCCUCUUGAAAGAGAAAUAACACAAGAUAGUAUUUCGCAAGUUAAAGAAGAUCAUCGUGAAAGCAACAUGUUUGAAAGUCAAAGGGACUCGGCAUUAUUAGGGAAGAAUAACCGAGAAGUGAAAUCAAAUUGUUCGAUAGACAAUAUAAACUCAUGCAUCACUUUUGAAGAGGAUAAAUUCAUCACUGACGUCAAACUUCAGACUUGCCAGUUGUCCAGCAGCGAGAGUCGCCUCUCGUAUGACGUUGAACCUAUUUGCCAUUCACUCUCUCAAUGUUCGAGUGCUUCUUUACCCAUGAUACCAAUUUCGGAUUUGUACUUAGUCAGAAAUAAAGCUAAUGUAUUUGAAAAUGAUGUACAUACCCAGGGCGAUAUAGCAACGACUUGCACCGAGGAAGAGACUCUAUUCAAUCGCUCAAGCGAGAUGAAAAAUUCUUCGUCAGAUUUGCAAUAUUCCAUAAACGAAAAGUUUAUUAAAGCACAUCAGAAUGAUUUAACAGAAGAUAAAGAUGAUAAAAAUUAUGUUAAAGAACAGAUUGCAGAAAAUAGUAUAUCCGAAACGAAACAAUUUUGCGAAGAAACAAUAGAUUCGUCAUUACGGACGAACGAUAAUAAAGCUAUGAUCGAGCGAAGUCAAGUUGAAGUGAAUGCAUGUAAGAACAUAUCGAAUUCUUUGACUUCAUCACUAAGUAUUAAUGCACGAGGUUCAAUAUCACGACCGACCCUGAUCGACGAUAGUAAACUUGUAAAAAUGUCUCUUCUGACGAACCCGAUGAAUAUAAUGCAAUCGAACGUUCAGCUUUUAAAUAAGAGCCGUAACUUUUUAAACUUUAUCACGGAAAAGUCGACAAACAUCAUGGAAAAGGCUCUAUUGCCACAGCACCUGGCAAUGAAAUAUAAUCACAUAUCGAAAUCUGUCGAGAGCGAUGCCGCGGGAUUUUGUACCGGAUCUUCCUUUACUGAUGUACUGACGUCUAGAUUAGAUACCGAUUCUUCAACAAUACGGAACGAUACGGUCAGUUGUACAGUUAUAAAACAAAAUCACGAAAACGAGGAUAGCUUGGAUAGUGUGAUAAACAAUGAGGAGAUAAAUUCGUCUGCGUGUAUGAAAGAAAAUAAGACGUACGAUAACUCUGGAGGACAGUUGUUACAUAAUAACGAUCUUAAAAGUAAAGUAGUAUCAGACGAGAGAAAGUAUCAUGUAUUUAAAAACAAUGACAUGAGAUUAGAUUGUGAUGUAAUCAAUGAGCGAGUAAGACGCGACGUAUCGUCGGUAGAAACGGACGAAAAUGACGAGUUGUAUGAUGACAUGUGUAAGGAAGACUCGCUUGGUAUUAAUACUUUAACAGAUUCAAAUAUUUUAAAAUGCGGCUCUGAACAUCCGUCAUAUCUCGCCCUAUUAGAGGAUUACACCACUUUAAAAUUUAGACACUUGAAGCUACUUGAGAGAAUGGAAUAUUUAAAGAAGUUAAAUCGAUCGAGUAAUAAUUCGUGUCAAGAGACCGAAACAAAUGCAGAUGCACUUAUUUCGCAAGUGGAGAAUUUGGAGAAGACUGUAAAUAAAUUAACGACCGAUCUGAACGCGUCGCUAGACGCGCAGGAGACUCUGAAGAAGGAACGCGCCGUGUUUAAUAGGGAGAAGGAAGAUAUGGUUAUGAAAUAUGUAACUAGCGAAAAACAGUUAAUUGAUACACAAAGAGCGAAGGAUUCUAUGGAACGUAAAGUUAAAGAACUCUUAAAAGAUCAGGAAUUACUGCAAAACAAAUUGCGACAAACGCAGGGUGAGCGCGCGAGAAUAUGCAAUAUCUUAGAUGGAAAAUGUCGCGAGGUAACCGAUCUUCAAAAAGAAAUGGAAAGUUUGAAGGAGAACGUUAAAUCAAAGGAGAUCAAACUAAAGUGGACACAGACGAAACUUAAAACCGAAAUGGAGUCGCAAAAGGAUACUCAACAAAAAUUAGACAAAGCUCUGAUGAAAAUAAACGAUAUGAAAGAGGAGUGUGAGCAGAUACGCCGUGAAACGCAGGAGUCGUUUCGUAAAUUUCAGCAAUCCGAAGAGAAUAAAGCUGUAACAUUGGACCAGCAGCUGAAAGAACAUCAGGCGCGUUUGAUUUUGGAGAGGCACGUUACGGAGGACAAGGAGACGCUGAGGCUUCAGUUGCAAAAGGAGCUAGAAACACUAAAGUCCAAGCAGCAAAAUUUAAUUGAAGAAAAUAAGAAGCUUAUUCUAAAGGUACAAGAGUCUGAGAAAAUUCGAUUAAAUCAUGAAAAUGAUUUGAGUGAUUUGAGAAUCAUCGCAGAUCAACGUCAGCAACAAAUCGCCGAGUUAUUAGACAAAGUCUCUCAGUUUGAAACAUUAAAAUUACAAUUGCAACAUAAAGAAGAGCGUGUAGUAUCGACUGAAGCAAAAUUGCAGCAAUUGCAAUCGAUUAAUGAGGAACUACAAUCUGACAUGCAGGCGUGUCGCCAGAAGGAGGCGGAUAUGUUAGACUUUACACAAAAGCUGACGGACAAAAAUGUGCGUCUUCAGUCGGAGUUUAUCGCGAUUCAAACGAAAACAAGUCAUCUUGAAUCCGAGCAAGGACCGCUACGUGACUGCAUUAACCAAUUAACUAGUAGAGUGAAAACUUUGGAGGAAGAGUUAAUGCAAGAACGAAAAAAACGGAGAGAAGAAUGCGAAAUUUUAGCUAAACAUGUCGCAGAGCAGACUCAACUCGCGCAGAAUUUGGCUCAGAAGCUGGAAGACAGUCAGGGUGAGAAUGCAGUAUUAAAGAGGAAAGACCAAACUUUUAUAAAGGAAAUGACACGGGAAUUGCAACAGUGUCGUAAAAAAUUGGAAAUGUACGAAUCUACAUCUCCUAGUAAUUCAUUGGAUAUUGCAUCCAGGACUGGAUCUAACACUUCCCUAGCAGGUGAUACACCGAACGAUGCCUUAUCAGAUAACAACGCUAAUAAUGAUCAAAUCAAUUGUAUAGAACUUAAUAAGCAAGUACUAAUGGAUCGCAUCAUCAAACUGCAAGAUAUAAAUGUAAAAAGGGCUGAAAAGUUGGAUUUUUUAAAAGAACACACACAGACAUUAGUCGAAGACAUACAGAAAAAAGAAAAAAUAAUACAAUAUUAUAUUUUACAUCAAAACUUUGGGGCUUUAACGUGUAAUGAAAGAGACAGAUACAAGCAUAUCAAAAGCAGAAGGGAUAGAGCAGAAUUAGGACGACGCGGAGGUAUAAUGGCAUCUGUUUAUAAUCACAGAGUUUCAGAUGAAAAUAUGACAUUAGAACUUUCUUUAGAAAUAAACCAAAAGUUACAAGCGGUUCUCGAAGACGCAUUAUUAAAAAACAUUAUUUUAAAGGACAAUAUUGAUACGUUAGGUAAAGAGAUAGCAAACUUAACAAUGCAGUAUCAGCAAAAACAAAUUAAUAAUUAAUUAUUACAUGUACAACUAUUUAUUCAUACAUACAUAUAUAUAUAUAUAUAUAUAUAUAUAUAUAUAUGUAUGUAUAUG